UGGCGGGGGCGGGGCUGGGGGAGGUGCGUGCCGAGCAGGCCGGGGGGUUCUUCUCCCCGGCCCUUUGAACGAGGACCGUACAGAGAUGUGAUAAUGGAUCAUCAUGUUUCCACUAUCAAACCUCGAAGAAUCCAGAACCAAAAUGUCAUUCACCGCUUGGAACGGCGGCGAAUCAGCUCAGGCAAGGCAGGCACCCACUGGCAUCAGGUCCGAGUGUUCCACCAGAAUGUCUUCCCCAACUUCACGGUUGUCAAUGUUGAAAAGCCUCCGUGUUUCUUGCGUAAAUUCUCGCCUGAUGGGCGCUACUUUAUUGCUUUCUCUUCAGAUCAGACCUCUCUUGAGAUCUAUGAGUACCAGGGCUGCCAGGCAGCUGAGGACUUACUGCAGGGCUCUGAGGGGGAGAUCCUGUCCAAUGGCAAUGACCAGCGGUCAGUCAACAUCCGCGGCCGGCUCUUUGAACGCUUUUUUGUCCUGCUGCAUAUUACCAACGUGGCCGCCAACGGGGAGCACCUGAACCGGGAGUGCAGCCUCUUCACCGACGACUGCCGCUGUGUCAUCGUGGGCUCAGCUGCCUACCUCCCGGAUGAGCCGCACCCUCCUUUUUACGAGGUUUACCGGAACAGUGAGUCUGUGACCCCCAACCCCCGGUCCCCCCUGGAGGACUAUUCCCUUCACAUCAUCGACCUUCACACGGGCCGCCUGUGUGACACCCGCACCUUCAAGUGUGACAAGGUGGUCCUGUCGCACAACCAAGGGCUGUACUUGUACAAAAACAUCCUGGCCAUCUUGUCGGUGCAGCAGCAGACGAUCCACGUCUUCCAGGUGACUCCUGAAGGCACUUUCAUUGAUGUGAGGACCAUCGGCCGCUUCUGCUAUGAGGAUGACCUCCUCACGGUGUCGGCCGUUUUCCCGGAGGUGCAGCGGGACAGUCAGACGGGCAUGGCCAAUCCUUUCAGAGACCCCUUCAUCAACUCCCUGAAACACCGGCUGCUCGUGUACCUGUGGCGCCGGGCAGAGCAGGAUGGGAGCGCGAUGGCCAAGAGGCGCUUCUUCCAAUAUUUUGACCAGCUGCGACAGCUGCGCAUGUGGAAAAUGCAGCUUCUGGAUGAAAACCAUCUGUUUAUCAAGUACACCAGUGAGGAUGUGGUAACCCUGCGGGUCACAGACCCAUCACAGGCAUCUUUCUUCGUGGUAUACAAUAUGGUGACAACAGAGGUGAUUGCCGUGUUUGAGAAUACGUCAGAUGAGCUUCUAGAGCUCUUUGAGAACUUCUGUGACCUCUUCCGUAAUGCUACCCUCCAUAGUGAAGUCCAAUUUCCCUGCUCAGCUUCCAGCAACAAUUUUGCAAGGCAGAUCCAGCGCCGGUUUAAAGACACUAUUGUAAAUGCCAAGUAUGGAGGCCACACGGAGGCAGUGCGCCGGCUGCUGGGUCAGCUACCCAUCAGUGCCCAAUCUUACAGCGGGAGCCCCUACCUUGAUUUGUCUCUCUUCAGCUACGAUGACAAGUGGGUGUCUGUCAUGGAGCGACCCAAGACUUGCGGAGAUCAUCCUAUCAGGUUCUAUGCCCGGGACUCUGGUCUGCUCAAGUUUGAGAUCCAGGCAGGCUUACUGGGCCGCCCCAUCAACCACACCGUGCGACGCCUUGUUGCCUUCACCUUUCACCCUUUUGAGCCUUUUGCUAUUUCAGUGCAGAGGACUAAUGCUGAGUAUGUUGUCAACUUCCAUAUGCGACACUGCUGCACGUAGGUGCCUCACCAAAGCCCAGUUAUCUCGUCUUCCAAGACAUUGCCCCCUGCUUGUGUCGGUGGACUCCGAAGCAGUAGCUCCUGGCUGCAGCUUUGUCGGACCCAGACUCUUGUACCCGAGGCGGGAGAGCCAGAGAGAGGUGCGAGGGUGGCUCACUCAGCCUAGCGGAAUUGUUAUCGUAUUGAAAUACUGAUGGAUUGAAAGUCCCCUGGUCUUUCCCCAGUGGGAAUAUCCAGCAUUAAUUACAUCCAUUUAAUUUUUGUCUUAUUUUGCAUUUUAUUGCUUUGAAGAUGAAAGCAUUACCCCGUUCCCUUUGCUGUUUGUUCUUUGGCAUUAUGGUCUGUUUUGGCAUUAUGGCAGUCUGAAGCAGGGAUGUCUUACUGACUCACGGGAACUGUGUAUAUCCUUUUCGUGUGGCCGACAACGGGGCUGUCUUUAUUAAAAAAAAAAAA